ACCUGCGUGUCCUAUUAUAAAAUUUCUCUUACUGAUAUACUCAAGCAUGUAUGUUUGUUAUUCCAAUACAAUUCUUACAUUUUAUAAUUAAAUUAUACACCACUGCUGUGGAUGUACCGCUGGUAUUCAUCGCACAUGUGUUGUUAUAUAAUAUACAUAUAAUACUAGAGUGAAAAUGGGACGGGUGAGAUAUACUAUAUACUAAUUUAGUCUUCUCAGUAUUUAACGACAUUUGUUUUCUUCAGCAGUGGUGUGGUUGAUUUGUGUUAUGAUAAUUAGUGUUAUAGAUGUUAUAGUAUUAAUUGAUCAGAUUUUGAAACAACUGCCUUAAGAUUUAAAUUUACAGUUUAACAUUGACAAUUAUUUUCAUAGCUCUCAAAGGCUCCUCCGCCCGCAGUUUUUAUAGCGCAACGGAGGACUUCACACAACCGCAACACAAAAAUAAAGAAACGUGUUGAGGUGUUAUUAUUACCCGAAGAGAAAAAGAGACGCAGAAAAAGAGAGAUAGGGAGAGAUAGAGAGAGCGGGUAAAAGUGGAAUGAAUCGAGAAGGUUCGUUCUUUGAGCAUUUACGAACGGUUGUCGGAAUCGCUGCAGCGGAACUACAGAAACCAGUGUGCAUUACUAAGUGAUCUCGGUUGGCCAAAACAACCAAUAUCUGCAGGAAGAGUGACAACGGUUAGCGUUUGCAGCAGUUACUUCAGUGCCCCUCGGCUCAGAUCCUCCGUCGCCGCUUGCAAAAAUGAUGGAAGAACUGCAGACGCUCAUGUGUCAGGAGAUUCCUGAAGGACGCCAAAGUAUUAAAGAUUCCCAUACUAACUUAGAAAAAGUGGCUGAAUAUUGUGAAGCUAACUACUUCCAGGCUGAGAACAAGACCCAAGCUCUGGAAGAAAGUAAAAAGUAUACAACACAAUCACUUGCUUCCGUAGCAUACCAAAUUAACACUCUUGCCUUCAAUCUUCUGCAUCUAUUAGAUCUACAGACCGCGCAACUGGCCUCUGUAGAGUCACAGGUCAACCAUAUUGCACAAACCGUAUCUAUUCAUAAGGAAAAAGUAGCUCGGAGGGAAAUUGGCGUCCUUACAACAAACAAAAACACAAUUCGCCAGCACAAAAUUUUGGCACCUGCCAACCAGGAGAAACAAGUCAAAUACGUACGGAAGCCAAUCGAUUAUUCAGCACUAGAUGGCGUUGGACAUGCCGCCCGUAUUGUGCCCCAAACCCAUGGCCACCCACAGAGCCAGAGUAUACACGGUGUUGUUAACUAUAGUCAAACAGCACCUCGAGCGCGCCGAAGCUCUUCUUCAAGUGGGCAAGGACCAGCGGGGCCUGCGCCCACCCAAAAGCCACCCACACCACCGGGGCAACAAAUGGGAGCCGGGGGAAUGAGUAUGGGCGGUGGCGGUGGAACUUUACGAAGGAGUGAAUAUCGUUCUACGCCCCCGAUUGCGCCACCUCAGCUGCCUAAUAAUUAUGCGCCAAAUUAUCCCAUGGGGUCGGCAAUGAUGGGACCCAAUUCAAUAAUCAGUACUAGUGGUGGACCCAGAAGAAGUGCUUCGAAUUGCAGCACCUUGCCACAUCCUCAGGUUGCCGCUGGGCAUGGAGUAACUCGUAGUGAAUACCUGAUUCAGCAGCAACAGUUACAUCAACAACAAAUGAUGAGUCACUAUCGCCAAGGGAUGAUGGUACCAGUUUCUUCUGCUGGAGGAACAGCAGCUGUUCAACAUCAUCCGGAUUCUCAACAUAUGAUGGGUACACAUGCAAUGGGUCUAGGACAUGGCGCAGGUGUUCACUAUAGCAGUAAUCAUGGGCAUGCUAUCCCCGGCGGGCCCACUACACAGAUAGGCUCUUCUCAACGGGCCGAAGCUCUUCCCGCCCCACCGGCAAACAUGAUGGCCCCUGCGGGCUCUAGUCCUGCGCCACCUCCUCCUGUUUCUUCUUCCAAUGGUCCUACAACCAGCGUGACUGGGAACAUGCCGCCACCUCCGCCGCCUCCCGGAGGAAAUAUAUCGCCGCCGUUGCCUCCUCCCCCUGAGGAAUUAUCAUCACCACCUACAGCCGCAUCGAACGCUAGUAGUGGCACUACUGGCGAUCCUACUGGCCAACGCGGCUCCAGCUCAAGUGGUGAACCAGCGUGGGCACCGGCAAAUUACCUUGAGAAAGUUGUAGCUAUUUAUGACUAUCAGGCUGAUAAAGCAGAUGAGUUAAGCUUUGCCGAAAACGCUCUUAUUUACGUUAUUAAGAAGAAUGAUGAUGGCUGGUACGAGGGAGUCAUGGAUGGUGUUCAGGGGCUCUUUCCAGGAAACUAUGUUGAGCCAUGCAUGUAAAGAGAGCCUGUAGACCGAACCGUAUAAACUUUCGGGGAAUGAAAGAAGUCUAGUCUUCAGUUGAAAGAAUUUCGUUCAGUUUAAAUUGCUGUUGAGUACCGAGUGUCUUUUACUAGGCUGACAUUUGCUGAACACGAAUCGUUUCAGAAUAACUACUUGAUCGGCGUGGACUAGUCCAACGCAAUUCAAGGUUAUGGCGCACAAACAUGAUUGGUUUUGGAAUUGCCUGAAGUUGUGCAAUUUCGGUGUGCAAGCCCACUUAAACUACUUAAAAUCGAGUAUAUGUAUAUGACACAGGUUUUUCGUAUUCAAAUGUUGGAAUAAAGUAGUGAGUAUGUUACGAUGUAAAGAAUGAUUCUUUACUAUUUUCUAAAUCGUUAAAAAAUGUGUGGAUUAAAAACCUGAUUAUUUUCGAAAAGGGAUUCUCAAAUAUCAUGCUUUUUUUCGCAGCUUCCUUGUUCUGUAUCAGGCUAAUUAAAGUCGUAAUACUAAAAUAGAACUAAGUGUUAAAGUAUAAUCGGAACUGAAUAUUAUUUCUUCCAUUCAAUUACUUCACGCGUAUUCAUGAGAUAUGUUUAAAUGUACCAGAUAUAUAAAGGAGAACGCAACUAAAUGAAACUUUUGGAAACGUAAAAGCAAAACCAGACCUCUGAGUAGAUAUGAAGCCAACAAGACCUCGACUAUAUAUUAAAUAUUAUUGCUAAAUAUUGCCCCUUAAAUGCUUAACAUCUGCAGAUCAGAUGGAAAUACAAAAAUAGAAUAGGGAUAUAAGUAGGAUAGAUAGAUCACUAAUCGAGAAGUAAGAGUGAUAAUUACAAGAGAAAGUAAGAAUCUGAUAUGUAUAUAAAUCUAUCAUCAUUAAUUUAUGCUAAUUUAAUGAAUAUAGUAAAGUUCUUCGUUGUAAAAAGUGUCUCCAAAUAGUCUAGAACCACAGAUAUGAAAUUAAUGCCGAAAGCCACCAUGCACCGCAUUAGUGUCAUUGUCGUUAAGUUAAAAAAAAUGGGUGAGUUAUUGUCACUAUUGUAACAUCUUAUUACAAGGGAGUUGAUAAAUGAUUAUAUAAAAGGAAUAAAUCUAUGUUUGUUAUUUUAAUCACAAAGGAAGGACCACGAUAUGCCAAGCCAAUAUCAAAUGAAUGUGCAAGAAACUCUAAACUGUAAGAAUGGCCUCAAAUUGUCUCGAACCGAGACAACGUGGUCUACAAAAUGAGUGAACCUGAAAAUGAUGAAUGAUAAAACCUCGGAUUAAGAUGUCCGAUCAACCCGUAAAAAACGAUCAACGCUUUUCGGAGUUUUGCGAUUAUUCUCUCCCAGUUAAUUACAAUAACUAAUUUCGAUAUCAUUUGAGUAAAUGAUAACUUUGAUGUUUUGAUAAAUUACGUCUUUGAAUAAGCUUAUAUACAUUUGUGAAAGUUAUUUCUACCGAUAAUCACUAGCACGCCUAUAUAUCAGCAGCUGUUGCUUGAUCUCGGUGACCGAGCGGAUACUUAGGUGCACUGAAGUUACAGGCAAAUUCUCAUUUUAGAUUAUAUAUAUAUGUACUUAUUUUCACGCUACAAAUAUUUCCAUUAACGCAUAAACAUCUGAUGCCAAAGUCUUCUUUGACUCAGCUUUAAAAUUACAUUUCUUCUGAAAUAUACAGCUAGAAGCAUGCUUUGGGUAAUGAUGUAUUUUUUAGCAAACCUUCGGACAUAGACCCUAAAAACACCACCUCUCUGAACUAAUCUCACUCAAUUCUUCUCCCGGGGGUAUUACCUGAGAAAUCGUCUAAAAAAUAAGGGAAGGUUAAGUAUGUGAAAAUUACAGUCGCGUUAGGCACUAGAUAGGAUAAAGCGAUCCUUGUUAAACAAGUCAACAUUCUGCCGAAUAGUGUAACUGAUAUACAAUUUUUUUUUUUCGCUGCAUGCUAAAAACGAAACUGCUUCUGUAUGAAGCUUGUGAACAACCAAUGCUUGUUCUGGGUGUUACGCAAGACCUGUGUGUCAAGAUUUCAUAAUCGUAAUUGGUGGAAGUACUCGUUAGCGUGGAGUUCCAAGGUCAGGACAACCUUCAUUGGCC